AUGAAGCUUACUUCCUCGUUCGCGGCGCUCUCGAGCAUCAUCGUCAUCGCACUCUGCCUUGGAAAUGCGCAGGCCGACACGGUCACCACUCCACUUGGCUUGACACAAGUAGACGACAAGGGAGCUCCCAUCACACCUCUCACCUACCUCAACCACGAGCCCGCCUCCAAGGAGCUUUCGGAUGCAGCCAAGAAGGUCACCACUCCUCCACCCAUGAUCAAGCAAAAGCGUCUCGUUCCAUCUGCAAGCGACCAUCUCGAGCCCUUUGUCAAGCAGUUCACCAGUCAAGGUAUCUCGAUUCGUGAGCUUCGCAGCAGUUGGAUCCCAUCGCUUCCUUUGUUGGGUGCGCUCGAUAACGAGGGUGACCACACCAACGCAAAGCCUCCUGCCGAGGUCCCUGCUGUGGAAGUGCCCGCGGCUCAGAAGCGUCUGCUUGAUGUGCUCAAGUCACUUGACCUUCCCGACAGCGGCAGAGUGAUGCCUGCCAACCAGCAGACUCUUGGCCAGCGCACUUCUCACCCUCUCAACCGCCGUGCCGAUGAUCCUCUCAACCUGAACAUCCUGGGCAAGAAACCCACCGAGCUGCUCCCUAAGCUGCCCACAAAGCGUGACGACGCCUCGGGCAUCAACCUUUUCGGCCACGAGAUUCCCCUCGACGCCAUUGCCCUCCCCUCUCAGAAGCGUGAUGACAGUCCCGUUGAGCUUGGAUUGAAGACCGGUAACGAGCAAGACAUGGACCGCGCCAAGUCGUUCCUCGGUGGUUUGCUGCCCAUCAAGCGCGACACGAUCUCACCCGAGAACGUCGACCUGAGCAGCGUCAAGGGUCUUGGAGAGGGACUCGCUGCCAAGGGUGCUCAAAGUGCUGUUCCCCUUGCACUUUCGCCAGUCAAACAGGCCGCCAGCCCGGCUGUGCAGGGUAUCAAGACAGCCAACGCCCUCUGCACCUCGUUCGGCUGCCAGCAAGCUAUUCAGGGCGCCGUCGCUGGUGUGACCAAGGAGUUGCCCGUUCCUGUGCCCGUUGCUCGUGCCAACGGUUUGCUCAACAACGGUGCCUCCGUCUCUGGUGUCCCCGUCAAACGUGGUCAGGACCCUCUUAGCUCGACUGUCCUAGACACGAGCGACGUGGUUCGUGACAACAUCCUUGACCUCAAGACCCAGGCUGACAACGCUGCCGGUUCUUUCGUCAAGAACAUGUACAGCGAACACGGUCAAAUCGAGACCAAGCGUGCAUUGAACUUGCCCAGCUACAGCUUGUUGCCCGGCUCGGGCCCCGAGGCCAAGGAGGCUAUCGAAGAUGCCAAGAAUGUGGUCGACUUUGUCGGCUUGCCCGUUCGUCUUCCUGGCCUCAAGAGGAUGGCAAAGAUCGUCAAGCGCAGUGCCUAA